AUGGUGAUGGAUGAAAUGGGUGGAUCAACAGUUGGGUUGAUCCAAGAAGCAAUGCCAAGGUCAACGGAAACGGAAACACCCGCCUCGUAUAUCCCGACCUCGGUGUUGGCGAAUUAUCCAUCAAUGUCUGCCCUCCUCGCCUUUGUUCUUGCCCAAUCGUUUAAACUCAUCACCUCCUGGUAUAAGGACAGAUGUUGGGAUCUGAAGCAACUCGUUGCAUCUGGUGGUAUGCCAUCGUCCCAUUCAGCAACAGUAAUAGCUCUUGCAGUAGCUGUUGGCUUGCAAGAGGGCUUUGGAGAUCCGCUAUUUGCAACUGCAUUGAUCUUAGCAUGUGUGGUGAUGUAUGAUGCAACUGGUGUAAGACUACAGGCUGGACGUCAAGCAGAGGUUUUAAAUCAAAUUGUACGUGAACUUCCAUCUGAGCAUCCUCUUGCUGAAAGCAGACCACUCCGCGAACUUCUUGGUCACACUUCGCCCCAGGUGGUUGCUGGUGCGCUACUGGGAGUUAGUUUAGCUACAAUUAUGUAUUUGGUCACUAGAUCAUGGAGUCCUCCUUAA